UCUUUUCACUACGUGGCAAAUGGGUGCGAUGUCAAGGAUAAUCGGACAGUGUUGCUUCUGUUGCAUGGGUUCCUUGAUUUUUGGUAUAUUUGGAACAGGUUGACACCGGAACUUGGCAAAGAUUUCUGCGUGGUUGCACCGGACUUACGGGGUUAUGGCAACACGACAAGGCCAAAUGACACGGCCGAUUAUCUGAUGAAGUAUUUAAUCGAAGACGUGAAAGGGCUUGUGGAAGAGUUCAGCAAUAACUCAAGCAGGAAAGUCGUGCUUGUAGGUCAUGACUGGGGUGGAAUGAUGAGCUUCUGCUUCGCCACAGUAUAUGAAAAAUUGAUACACAGGAUGAUUAUUAUAAAUGGCAUGCAUCCUAGGGCUUUUACAAGGCAGCUGUUUCGCAGUGUAAAGCAAAUGAGAAUGUCCUGGUACCAGCUUCCCUUCCGACGCCCCGUUGUGCCCGAGAACUACCUGAUCUUGAACGAUUUGGCUUUCUUAGACAAAGUACACAAGGGCUUCACACAAGAGGAGAAGUAUGCACACAAGUACAUUUACUCGCAGCCAGGAGCACUGACCGGCACCAUCAACUAUUACCGGGCCUUCAACAAUGACAGUGACCAGUUCAGCAAAAUUCCGUUCCGCAAGAUAAACGUCACAACACUCAUACUCUGGGGAGAACACGAUGAAUUCAUAAUGACGCGCGUCGCGUUCUACAACCAAUACUGGCUGUCGAAUUCAGUGGCCAUCUACUACGAGGGAGCGGGACACUUCCCGCAACGAGAAUGUCCCAAUCACGUGAUAGGCCGCAUCCGUGAAUUCGCGAAGCAUGGAAACGUGUCGAUACCCGAGGAGAAUCGUUGGUGGUUGCAGAGGUACUGGCAAAGUAGAGACCACUGCCGCGAGUCCAGGAAACCACGGGGAACCUGGAUACAUCGGGCUCCGCCUUUUAUUCCUGAUAAUGCGAAGCUACCCAAAGAAAUGUUAGAAUAA